CCGUGGGGCGGUCUCGGUCUGUGAUUGGCCCAUGCCUAAAAUUGUGGGCGGGUCAACGACGCUCGGGUCUCUGGCUCCAAGUCAGUCAGUCCAGGAGGACUGAGGACCGUCCUACGGACCAGACCAGCGCUGGUUUCACCCUUGGCUACCCCGCUGCGUUUACAAGUGUUUUAUCGCUGUUUUUUCCACGGCCGGACAGUCCGAAUAUCAGCCUGCUGGAGACAACCUUGUUGGGCUGUUAGGAGACAGUGGACCGCUGUCAGCUUUAUUCAUGGUCUCAAGCCGAAGUUCAGGAGAAAGUUUCUGUCAGGAGGCUGCCGCAAGGCUGAAGCUCUAAUAUAAGGGACUAUGAAUCUGUGUUUGGACAGUAUGGACAUCCUAAAGAUAAUGCUGCUCAUCUUUGAAGCUGUGUUGCUGACUGACUGUGCAAGAGGACCUCCUCGGGUGUCUGGCAGGGUCACUCAUAGGCAGACGGCUCGGUUGGGAAGUGCCAUCAAGCUACCGUGUCCGGUGGAGGCAGACCCACCUCCCCUCAUCCGUUGGACCAAAGACGGACGCACUAUUCACAACGGCUGGAUCCGCUUCCGUGUGCUCAGGAUGGGCCUGAAGAUCAAGGAGGUGGAGGCCGAUGAUGCUGGGACCUUCAACUGCCAGGCGACUAACGGCUUUGGGAGCGUUAACAUCAACUACACCCUGAUCAUCAUCAAUGACUCUCAUCCUGAGAGCACAGGACCAGCUAGUGAAGCAGAACCUGAACCAGGCGGUGAAAAACUGGCUCGUCCUCGAUUCACGCAGCCUGAAAAGAUGAGGAGGAGGGUGAUAGCAUGUCCUGUAGGCAGCACUGUGCGCCUCAAGUGUGCAGCCAGCGGAAACCCUCGACCAGACAUCAUGUGGCUGAAGGACGACCGGCUUCUGACGGAGCAGGAGGUCGGCGAGGGGCGCCAGAGGAAGUGGACUCUGAGUCUGAAAAACGUGGUGCCAGAGCACAGCGGCAGAUACACCUGUAGGGUGUCCAAUCGAGCGGGAGAGAUCGACGCCACCUACAAGGUGGAAGUCAUCCAAAGGACCAGCUCCAAACCGGUUCUGACCGGGACGCACCCCGUCAACACCACGGUAGACUAUGGAGGCACCACGUCGCUGCAGUGCAAAGUGCGAAGCGAUGUGAAGCCCGUCAUCCAGUGGUUGAAGCGCAUAGAGCCUGAUGAGGAGAGCCGCUACAACACCACCAUCGAGGUUGGCGACGACAGGUUCGUGGUACUGCCCACAGGGGAGGUGUGGUCCCGGCCCGACGGCUCCUACCUCAACAAGCUGCUCAUUACCCGCGCCAAGGAGGACGACGCUGGAAUGUACAUCUGCUUGGGCGCCAACACCAUGGGCUACAGCUUCCGCAGCGCAUUUGUGACUGUGCUUCCAGACACAAAGCCCCCCGUCUCUUUGCUCCCGGCCAAUUCCAGCUCCCUCCCCUGGCCCGUCAUCAUCGGCAUCCCUGCCGGAAUAGUCUUCAUCUUUGCCACCGUCCUGCUGUGGUUUUGCCAGAGCAGAAAAAACUGCCCCCCACCCAGCGCUCCCGCCCCGCAGCCGCUGCAGAGCUCCCACCGAUCCCCGUAUAGAGAGCGGGACCGGGGCUGCCCUGCUCCGUCCUCCAGCUCCUCCAGCCCAGAUAAAGACUGCAUGAGCUCCAUGAACUAUGAGGAGUACCUGGCCCAGAAGCAGCUCCUCCUCAGCCAGGCCGGACCCAGCAUCCCGCCCAAAAUCUACCCUAAAAUCUACACGGACAUCCACACACACACCCACUCUCAUGUGGAUGGGAAGGUUCACCAGCACCAACACAUUCAUUUUCAGUGUUAGCCUCAGCUGUUAUGAACUGAGCAGGUACGGACUGAAGUUCCCCAGACCUCCUUCCUCUAGAUCAGUUGCUUAGAAAACUGUGUGCAGCUGAUGGUGGCCAGUUUGUUAUCAGAUCAAAAACUCACAUUUCGGUGCUCUUUUCUACCUGUUAGAAGCUCACGCUUAUAUAACAACCCUUUUUGUGCACUUAAUACAUAAAGCUCCUUUUUACUGGAUCUCCGUCCAGCUGCGGUUUUCUAAUCCAUCUGGAGGUUUUCCUUAACGGACGUUUGGAUCUGACGAGCUCUAAGGAGGCAGAUGAAAACGGUACUAAAGAUUCACAGAAAGGCUGGUUUAAUCCUCCAACUCAGGUUGUUAUUUUGUUUGUUAAAGAUGCAUUUGUUAGGAAUGCUGACCACUAUGCUGCCGUUCUUCACCUCACUUUUCUGUUCCUUUUGAAAAAAACAGGCCGGUAGCUCUUUAUAGCGUGCAGAUGUUCCCAAAGACUGCAAGGGUGGAGGGGUUGUGUUCCCACCCUCUGUGUAAACUGUUCUGGUCCUCUGUAAUCUUCAUAUUUAACGUUCUGUCUGUAGGUUCCCAUUAUUAGUCUUUAGCAUGUUGGGAUGAACCAGCAGAGACCACCUCCUUAUCCAACAACAGUUUAUUAAGCUGUAGUCAGAAUAUUUAAUUUAUUUUCUUAAAAAUGUAUCAAAGGUUUAUUUUUCAGAGUAAGGCAUUUUUCAUAUCUAUGUGAUAUU